UUGUGAUGAAAUGUCAACAAAUUUUGUGAUUUUUGUCAUGUUUUUGUAAAAUGUAAAAGAAUUUUGUUUAUUUAUUUAAAUAAUUACUUUCUUAUCUGAAAUAUAAGAAAUUCAUUAAGUUCACCAUGAACUGCACAAUUUGUAUAAACGAUGGAAACAUCAAAACAAUGUACAAUGAUUGUAUAAUUGAGAGUCUGGAAAAAAUCAAAUUUCAUUACAUGAGUCUAAAAGGUAAACUAUGUGAAAAUGAACAACUCGUUAAGAAUCUCAAAGAAGAAAAUGAUAAAUUAAAAAAGACUGUGUGUGAUUUGGAAGAAAUUGAAAAUAAUGUCAUGAAAAAACGUCGAACAGCCAGUUGUGAAGAGGAUCACAAUGAUUCCGAAAUAUCAUUCUCUCAAAAACUUGCCACCACCAGCCCCAAGUCCAUAGCACAAAAAUCUGCUGAAGAUCUUAAUAUGGCUUUGAAUUUUGAUGAAGAAUUCGAACUAUCAUUCAUUCCAAGUACACAAGUUGUAGAGGCGGAGAAAAGAAUUAAACUAACAGCGUCUACGACGAAAGCGACGACGUCAGUGGCGGCCGCAACGUCGACUUCCAGAGAACCAUUGAAGACUUUACCGGUAAAGUCUGAACAAUUGGAAAACAAAGUAUUAAAUAUUAAAGAAGAAUUUAAAUCAGCAGAAGAACAGGAAAACCAAUGCAAUAAAAGUUCUUCUAGCCUCAAGAAAUCUUCCUCAUGGAUUUCAAAAGAAAAUGAUCUGAAAAAAUCAGUUUUGGGAUCAGUUCAAAAACGACCCAAUCGAAGUCUGAGACACACUAAGCAAGAAGUAAAAGCUACUAGCUUGUCCCUAAAGCCAGGCAAGCUCCGACAAACAAGACUCCAAUUGGACAUGAGUAAAAAUGUGUCCAACAACUUUUCUGACACGACUUUCUGUGAUGAAGCAAUCGAAGCCAGUCCCAAUGCUGAUUGUUCUGUAAAACGGAUCAAUUCUUCAAAGCAAUGGCAACUAAGAAAUAUAAGUUCCAAAAUAAUUAAAUCAGAAGAUGACUCGAUAUUGAAUUUUACAAAUCCAAGUCCAGAAAAAUCAUCAAAGUCACAAAGUCCACCUCAAAAUAAAUCCUUAGAGACUUCAAGUGUUGUAAUGUUUACACCAGCAUCACAAGAUAUUAUAUUUUUAGACGAUAGUUGUGAAAGCUACAAUAUUGAAUCAAUGGACUUAUUAAAGGAUUUAAUGAACCCAACUGAGAGCCUCAGUAAUUUGAAGCGAAUAGAAUCAGAUAGAAUCAAAAUGCUUCAAAAAACCAACGGCGGUAAUCCCACACACAUUCCCAGCAAGUGCUCAAAUUUAGAUGUGAAGCAGAAUACAAAACUAAAUCUCAAAACCGAGCAUGAAUUUGCCAAACCUAAGACUGUAGAAAAAACUGAAUUAUCAAAAAACGCUCUCACCGACAAUAAGACUCCCAGUAAAGAAAAUCUUACUAAUAGAAACAACAACAAAUCGAAUGGAUCGCCUGACAAAACGGAGAAAGUUCAAAGUGUUAAAAAAGCAAGAAUAUUUGACGUUGAUUGUCACGAAUGCCAAACGUACAUAAAAUAUCUGGGAGCUCGUCUCUCGGACGAAGAGAUUGAACAACAUAUCCGCAAUUGUACAAAUCACAAAAAACGAAUCGACAACAAUUUAACUCCUGAAGGAUUUUGGGAUCCCAUAAUUAAACCGUUUGCCAGUGAUGACCCUCGAAAUUUAACCAUAAUCGAUGAUCCCUUUAUUAUUAAGAAUACAAAAUAAAUGUUGAUUUUUCAUUUGCAAUGUUUUUCAUCUA